GAUGAUAAAUUUUAUCUUAUGUGUAUUUUACCAUGAUUAAAAGUAAAACGUAUAUCUUAAACAAAAAAUCUACUAGUUUUGCAUUUUUGAGAUGAAGAAAUCAGUUUAUAACCAAGAAAUGUAAAAUGUCGUUUAAUCUGUUGACUUCAGAUGAACAGAUUCUUUCUUUCUUUUAGCCUCAUCACGUGAGUACAGCAUUCUUUACAUUGGAUGUUGUGCUUCAGCAUUGCUUUCUUCUGGGGCAACUCCUUAUCCCAUCUUUUUUUCUACCUUUGACUACCCAGAACUCCUACAUUUAAACUUCUUCCCAAAGUUGCUUGUUGGUGGAUUAAAAACAAUUUUUAAUACGAGACAAAUCGUAACUAAAGUUGAAGUAGGCAUAUAAUGCAGUCGGCUGCUGUCUCUUUGUCCAGUGCUCCCACCUGUUACUGGGGACAUUGAAAAAAAUUAUAGAGCAAUCUCUGUGUAUCUGGCAUUGUGCUAGUGUUUCCAAAUAUGUGUUUUUUGAGAGUUGGUUGUUUAUCAGAAAUAGAUCAAGUUGACUAGACUCAAAGAGACUUUUGAUUAUUAUUUUUUAAGAUUGCUUUGUCCAUGGGAGUAUUUUGUUCUUGGAACAAAUUGUAAAUUACUUAAUGAAGAUAAUGUUCCUAAUAAGGGUGUAUUUUGGUGUUUAAAAGUGUGCUUACAUAUGUUUCACUAAUACAGGGAAUUAAUUCUCAGUAUGUGGAUAGCUAUAAUGUCUCCAAAGUGUUCAUUAUGCUGGAUUUGUCAGAUUUAUGUCAUUGGUGGCAAAGCUCAAGAGAGAACAAGCGAGUACGUAUUUCCUUCUGACUGUCUGUAUGACUGUUCAUGGGGACGUGUUCACAGCCAGUGUGCCGAAGCAGCCUAGUGAAAGGAAGACCAUGCAUCAGAAUGUUUGUUUUGAAUAGUUAUUUUUAGCAACGGAUCUAGAAAUCGUAUUUUCAUUUUAGGAUAUACCUUCGUAUUUAUUAUGAGCAUUCCAAAGAGAGUAACUAAUUUUAGGCAUGCAUAUGUGAGUGCAUGUGUACAUUGCGUGCACGUGUGUAUGUGUGUGAGAGAGAGACUGAGUCUGAGACUGUGUGUGAGUGUGAGAGAGAGGGAGAGGGAGGGAGAGGAAAGAAAAAGACAUCCCCUUAAUAGCAGGAGGGGGUAGAGGCUUACUCAGUCUAUUAUCAUAAAGCUCGGCUAAUGUAGCUUCUGAGUCAUGUGACUGCAGAAAAGGCUAUUAUCUCAAUGAAAAGGAAACCGGUUUUUAGAGCAAGCAAUAGAAUAGAAGCAGGAAGAAUUUUCGAGUGUUCCACCAUGCUGGAUUGUCAAAGGGGGAUCUGUCUGAUCAGCAGCUAAAAAAGGAUUUGUGUGGCUAGUUUGUCAGCUAUAUCGUUAGAAACAAAUGAUAGAGGAGAUACACGGCGGGGUGCUCAGCAUGUGCUUAGGUUUACAUCAAGACGUGAUGUUGAUUUGGGUUGAUAGAGGAGCUUUAUCUCUGAGACAAUCAAUUUAUUGCUAAUUGUGGGGGGUUGUUUUGUUUUGAUUAGUGAUGUAUAGUGUUUGUAUUUACAUCCCUGGUGAAGAUAAAGAGAAGCUGCUGAGCUCUGAUUUGAACUGCAGAGGCUGUGGACAAUUACAAGUUGCUGAUAUGUGUUCAAGAUGAGUGGGAUGGGAGAAAAUACCUCUGACCCAUCCAGGGCAGAGACAAGAAAACGCAAGGAAUGUCCUGACCAACUUGGACCCAGCCCCAAAAGGAACACUGAGAAACGUAAUCGUGAACAGGAAAAUAAAUAUAUAGAAGAACUUGCUGAGCUGAUUUUUGCAAAUUUUAAUGAUAUAGACAACUUUAACUUCAAACCUGACAAAUGUGCAAUCCUAAAAGAAACUGUGAAGCAAAUUCGUCAGAUCAAAGAGCAAGAGAAAGCAGCAGCUGCCAACAUAGAUGAAGUGCAGAAGUCAGACGUAUCAUCUACGGGCCAGGGGGUCAUCGACAAGGAUGCGCUGGGGCCUAUGAUGCUUGAGGCCCUUGAUGGGUUCUUCUUUGUGGUGAACCUGGAAGGCAACGUCGUGUUUGUGUCAGAGAAUGUGACACAGUAUCUGAGGUAUAACCAAGAAGAGCUGAUGAACAAAAGUGUGUACAGCAUCUUGCAUGUUGGGGACCACACAGAAUUUGUCAAAAACCUGCUGCCAAAGUCUAUAGUGAAUGGGGGCUCUUGGUCCGGCGAACCUCCUAGGCGGAAUAGUCAUACCUUCAAUUGUCGGAUGCUGGUAAAACCUGUCCCUGAUUCAGAAGAGGAAGGUCAUGAUAACCAGGAAGCACAUCAGAAAUAUGAAACUAUGCAGUGCUUUGCUGUCUCUCAACCAAAGUCCAUCAAAGAAGAAGGAGAAGAUUUGCAGUCCUGCUUGAUUUGUGUGGCGAGAAGAGUUCCCAUGAAGGAAAGACCAGUUCUUCCCUCAUCAGAAAGUUUUACUACGCGCCAGGAUCUCCAAGGCAAGAUCACUUCUUUGGACACUAGCACCAUGAGAGCAGCCAUGAAACCCGGCUGGGAGGAUCUGGUGAGAAGGUGCAUUCAGAAGUUCCACGCACAGCAUGAAGGGGAAUCUGUGUCCUACGCUAAGAGGCAUCAUCAUGAAGUACUGAGACAGGGAUUGGCAUUCAGUCAAAUCUAUCGUUUUUCCUUGUCUGAUGGCACUCUCGUUGCUGCGCAAACGAAGAGCAAACUCAUCCGUUCUCAGACUACUAAUGAACCUCAGCUUGUAAUAUCUUUACAUAUGCUUCACAGAGAACAGAAUGUGUGUGUAAUGAAUCCGGAUCUGACUGGACAAGCCAUGGGGAAGCCAUUGAAUCCAAUUAGCUCUAGCAGCCCUGCCCAUCAGGUCGUGUGCAGUGGGAACCCAGGUCAGGACAUGACCCUCAGUAGCAAUAUAAAUUUUCCCGUAAAUGGCCCAAAGGAACAAAUGGGCAUGCCCAUGGGCAGGUUUGGUGGUUCCGGGGGAAUGAACCAUGUGUCAGGCAUGCAAGCAACCACUCCUCAGGGUAGUAACUAUGCACUCAAAAUGAACAGCCCCUCACAAAGCAGCCCUGGCAUGAAUCCAGGACAGCCCAACUCCAUGCUUUCGCCACGGCAUCGCAUGAGCCCGGGAGUGGCUGGCAGCCCUCGCAUCCCACCCAGUCAGUUUUCCCCUGCAGGAAGCUUGCAUUCCCCCGUGGGCGUUUGCAGCAGCACAGGAAAUAGCCAUAGUUAUACCAACAGUUCCCUCAACGCACUUCAGGCCCUCAGUGAGGGGCACGGGGUCUCAUUAGGGUCAUCGUUGGCUUCGCCGGACCUAAAAAUGGGCAAUUUGCAAAACUCCCCAGUUAAUAUGAAUCCUCCCCCACUCAGCAAGAUGGGAAGCUUGGACUCGAAAGACUGUUUUGGACUUUAUGGGGAGCCAUCGGAAGGUACAACUGGACAAGCAGAGAGCAGCUGCCAUCCUGGAGAGCAAAAGGACACAAAUGACCCCAACCUGCCUCCAGCCGUGAGCAGCGAGAGAACCGAGGCACAGAGCAGUAGGCUGCACGACAGCAAAGGGCAGACCAAACUCCUGCAGCUGCUGACCACCAAGUCCGAUCAGAUGGAGCCCUCACCCUUAACCAGCUCUUUAUCGGACACAAACAAAGACUCCACAGGUAGCUUGCCUGGUUCUGGGUCAACACAUGGAACCUCGCUCAAGGAGAAGCAUAAAAUUUUGCACAGACUCUUGCAAGACAGCAGUUCCCCUGUGGACUUGGCCAAGUUGACAGCAGAAGCCACAGGCAAAGACCUGAGCCAGGAGUCCAGCGGCACAGCUCCUGGGUCAGAAGUGACUAUUAAACAAGAGCCAGUGAGCCCCAAGAAGAAAGAGAAUGCACUACUUCGCUACUUGCUAGAUAAAGAUGAUACUAAAGAUAUUGGUUUACCAGAAAUAACCCCUAAACUUGAGCGACUGGACAGUAAGACAGACCCUGCCAGUAACACAAAGUUAAUAGCUAUGAAAGCUGAGAAGGAAGAGAUGAGCUUUGAGCCCAGUGACCAGCCUGGCAGUGAGCUGGACAACUUGGAGGAGAUUUUGGAUGAUUUGCAGAAUAGUCAAUUACCACAGCUUUUCCCAGACACGAGGCCAGGCGCCCCGGCUGGAUCAGUUGACAAGCAAGCCAUCAUCAAUGACCUCAUGCAACUCACAGCUGACAACAGCCCUGUCACACCUGUUGGAGCCCAGAAAACAGCACUGCGAAUUUCACAGAGCAGAAUGAUUGGUAGCAAUGCCUCUCGGCCCACCAUGCCAUCUGGGGAAUGGGCUCCACAGAGCUCAGCUGUAAGAGUCACCUGUGCUGCUACCACCAGCGCCAUGAACCGGCCAAUACAAGGAGGCAUGAUUCGGAAUCCAACAGCCAACAUCCCCAUGAGACCCAACGGCCAGCCUGGCCAAAGACAGAUGCUUCAGUCUCAGACCAUGAAUAUAGGGCCAUCUGAAUUAGAGAUGAACAUGGGAGGACCUCAGUAUAGCCAACAACAAGCUCCUCCAAAUCAGACUGCCCCAUGGCCUGAAAGCAUCCUGCCUAUAGACCAGGCAUCUUUUGCCAGCCAGAACAGGCAGCCAUUCGGCAGCUCUCCAGACGACCUGCUAUGUCCCCAUCCUGCCGCCGAGUCUCCGAGUGACGAGGGAGCUCUCCUGGACCAGCUCUAUCUGGCUUUGCGGAAUUUCGAUGGCCUGGAGGAGAUUGAUAGAGCUUUAGGAAUACCCGAGCUGGUCAGCCAGAGCCAAGCAGUGGAUCCAGAGCAGUUCUCGAGUCAGGAUCCCAGCAUGCUGCUGGAGCAGAAGGCCCCCGUUUUCCCACAGCAGUACGCGUCUCAGGCACAAAUGGCCCAGGGCAGCUACACUCCCAUGCAAGACCCGAACUUUCACGCCAUGGGACAGCGGCCUAGCUAUGCCACACUCCGCAUGCAGCCCAGACCCGGCCUCAGGCCCACGGGCCUAGUGCAGAACCAGCCGAAUCAGCUGAGACUCCAACUCCAGCAUCGCCUCCAAGCACAGCAGAAUCGCCAGCCACUCAUGAAUCAGAUCAGCAAUGUUUCCAAUGUGAACUUGACUCUGAGGCCCGGGGUACCAACACAGGCACCUAUUAAUGCUCAGAUGCUGGCCCAGAGACAGAGGGAAAUCCUGAAUCAGCAUCUCCGACAGAGACAAAUGCAUCAGCAGCAGCAAGUUCAGCAGCGAACUUUGAUGAUGAGAGGACAAGGGUUGAAUAUGACACCAAGCAUGGUGGCUCCCAGUGGCAUACCAGCAGCCAUGAACAACCCCCGGAUGCCCCAGGCAAACGCACAGCAGUUUCCAUUUCCUCCAAACUACGGAAUAAGUCAGCAACCUGAUCCAGGCUUUACGGGAGCCACGACUCCCCAGAGCCCUCUCAUGUCGCCCCGAAUGGCACACACCCAGAGUCCCAUGAUGCAGCAGUCUCAGGCCACCCCAGCCUACCAGGCGCCCUCAGACAUGAACGGAUGGGCGCAGGGAAACAUGGGCGGAAACAGCAUGUUUUCACAACAGUCCCCACCACACUUUGGGCAGCAAGCAAACACCAGCAUGUACAGUAACAAUAUGAACAUCAAUGUAUCCAUGGCGACCAACACCGGUGGCAUGAGUAACAUGAACCAGAUGACAGGACAGAUCAGCAUGACCUCAGUGACCUCCGUGCCUACGUCGGGGCUGUCCUCCAUGGGUCCCGAGCAGGUUAAUGAUCCUGCUCUGCGGGGAGGCAGCCUUUUCCCAAACCAGCUGCCUGGAAUGGAUAUGAUUAAGCAGGAGGGAGACACAUCACGGAAAUACUGCUGACACUGAAAGUAGCUGGUUGCUUCUUUCUUCAGCUGACCGGGCUCACUUACUUAAGACACUUCCCAAUCUGGAGAGCUGUGUCUAUUUGUUUUGACCCAACUGACUUGCCAGCCGGUUCUGCCAGAGCCAGAUCAGCAGACAGGCCUGGGCCUGGCUCCCAGAAUGGAGUCUACUCGGCGUUUGCAGGAGGAGCCGCUGCCUCUUCUCUUGACAGUCUGAAGCUCACAUCCAGACAGUCGCUCAGUCUGUUCACUGCAUUCACCUUAGUGCAACUUAGAUCUCUCCUGCAAAGUAAAUGUUGACAGGCAAAUUUCAUACCCAUGUCAGAUUGAAUGUAUUUAAAUGUAUGUAUUUAAGGAGAACCAUGCUCUUGUUCUGUUCCUGUUUGGUUCCAGACACUGGUUUCUUGCUUUGUUUUCCCUGGCUAAUCAGUCUAGUACAAAAAGACUAAGAUUUCAUCUGGGGAAAAAAAAAAAAAGAAUUAAAAGAAAAAAUAAACUAAAGGUAUUUUAAACUAAAACCUGCAUUUGGGUUGGAAGCAGGGCAGACACCGUGGACAGCGCUGUAUGUACAGACACACCCAAUGAGUGAAGACCAAUAAAGUCAAAGUUGUAUCUUUGUAGAAAGCUCUAAAGACCAUGUUGAAAAGCAUUUCCAGUUAUUGAACAGAUGAAAAGGAGCCUGUGAGAGGGCUGUUAAUAUUAACAAGUAUUUUUCUUUUUUCUCCUUUAUUAAAACCAAACUAGUUCACCUAAAUCGUAAGCCAAGAAAUAUUUUUCAUUUCUAAAUUAAAUUCCUUUUAGAUUGAUCAGACAGCUGGAAUUAGCAUCUCUGCUACCCGCUGUGAUCCUGACUCCUCCCUUCCCCUUUCUGCCUUCCCCCAAUCUUUCCUCCUCUCAUUAAAAAAAUAAUAUAAGCUACAGAAACCAGGUAAGCCCUUUAUUUCCUUAAAUGUUUUGCCAGCCACUUACCAAUUACUAACUAUUGAAUUUCAGAAAAAUGCAUUUACUAGCAAGGAGAAGAGCAAAGUUAACACUUGAUACCAGUCAAGCUAAGGACACCUGCUUUGGAAGCAUGUUUAUUCUGUUCCCCAGCAACUCUGGCCUCCAAAAGGGGAGAAAAUACUAGUGUGUUUAAAUUGACAGCAGACAUCACGACAGAUUUAACCUCUGCCAUGUGUUUUUUAUUUUGUUUUUUAGCAGUGCUAAUUAAGCCGAAGUUUUGUAAGGUACAUAAAAUCCAAUUUAUAUGUAAACAAGCAAUAAUUUAAGUUGAGAACUUAAGUGUUUUAAUUGUAUAAUUUUUGUGAGGUAUACAUAUUGUGGAAUUGACUCAAAAAUGAGGUACUUCAGUAUUAAAUUAGAUAUCUUCAUAGCAAUGUCUCCUAAAGGUGUUUUGUAAAGGAUAUCAAUACCUUGAUUAGACCUAAUUUGUAGACUUAAGACUUUUUAUUUUCUAAACCUUGUGAUUCUGCUCAUAAAUCAUUUAUCUAAUCUAUAUGAUAUGCAGCUGCUGUAGGAACCAAUUCUUGAUUUUUAUAUGUUUAUAUUCUUUCUUAACCUUAGAAAGACUACAUGUUACUAAGCAGGCCACUUUUAUGGUUGUUUUUCUUGUCCACUCUGGUAGGGGAAUAAUCUUUUAUUAAUUGGUGUCAGUUUCAAACAACUGCAAUACCAAGAAACUGAUGACCUUUUUUGAGCUAUUUCUCCUCAACCCCUGAUACACAUACCUUUCUUACCUAAAUUUCAGAAUGAUAUCUUUUUGAUGUCUAAAAAGCAAAGCAUUUUAUAAUAUCUCAUUAGCCAGGCUUUUUAGGAACAGAGAAGUUUUUCCUUGAAAUUUGAUUGUUUGUUUAUUUGUGGCAGGGUGAAAAAUGUACAGACUACCCCUAUUUAUAUCUCUCUCUAUAUGUACAGAUUAUGGAAAUAUGGAAAGAGAUAUAGCCCAAAGAUAAAUGGUAAGUCAGUCUGAAAGUGUUGCUCCAUACUAAAGAAACUUUCUGGAAAUUUGCAUUUCGAGACUUUUUUUCCACUUGAGAGGGAUCUCAAUACAGGGAGGUGGCCAAGGAACAGCACUUCUCAGUGGCCACCAGUUCACAUAUCCCCUCAAAAGGCUCUACUUUUCUCCACCAAACCAUUGGGUUGCCCAACUGUGAUGGAAGAGACGAGCAGAUGUUGGCCCAGAACUCCAGGACCCUCCUCCGUGGGACGAGGCUGUGUGGCACACAGUGUCAUGUGACCAGUCUUAAAUUAAUUUUUAGAAAUACGUGAAUUAGAAUGACUUUAACUUCACACAGCACAAAAGAGAAACAGAGUUUGAGCUGGCUUUUUGUUUUAAGUCCCUCUUUACUAUAACACUGUCCAAAACUAUCUUAUGUCUCUUGUCGUCCCUCCAUCCGCCCACUGUGUUUACUAUCAAUCCCAUUCAGACAAAUCUCUGCAAACCUUGAUACUGGUAAUUUGCAGUAGUUCAUGAUCAUUACUGUUUUGAAGGAAAAGAGAUGAUAAAUUCUCUACGGUUUGGAUCAGGUAAUGGAUUUUGUUUCACAUCUAAUUAGGAGAAGAACAGUAAGCGAGGGAAUCUCCUCUGAUCAUAUUGAUCACUAUAGAAGCAAAAGCCAAAUCAGUUCCCUUCAUCAUCAGUAUUUCUUAUGCUGUACACAAUAAAUUUGUUAGACUGAGUACUUGGUUUUUGUUUAAUAGAACAAAUAAUCAGUGUUUUACUUAUAUUACUAAAUGUGAAAAACAUAAUGUGAAAAGUAUACAUACAUUAACUUGGUUGUAAAGCUCAUUUAAGUGUUCAUGUAAUGUGGUAAGUUUAAAAAGUGAAGUGAGCUGUUUCACUACAAUGAAUUCAUCCUACUCAAAGAUUAAACUGCCCCUCCUCCAUGUGUAUCUCUUACGGCCGGUAAUAAUUGAAAGCAAUGUUUUUGCAGUUUAUAUAAUGCAAUUUUUAAUCUGUGUUCAAAAAUGGAGUUCAUAUGGGCUUAACACAUGAAAUGGGUGGCACAUAUCCACUUGCAGAACCCAAAGAUACACAAUCAAUUUUGAAAUGCAACUUAAGCCAUUAAUUGUUGGUGUGAAUUUAAAAUUUUCUAGUGUUUGUAUGGUAGUAUGCUGCCUAAGAGCAAAGUAUUCUCUGCACAAAAGAAAAUUACUGUAGUGGCUUCGAUUUUAAUUAGAAUUUUCUCCCUGGUGUUUCUUUAUAGACUAAAACAAAAUCUUUUAAGUUUCUUACUACAGGUAAAAGCUAUGUGCAAGAACCUCAAAAUGCUAAAAUCUAGCAUAAUGCCUUAGAUCUGUUUUUAAGUCUUGUAUAUUCCUACAUAGCUGUCCGAUGUAUUAUAUUUGUAUAGUGAAUUGUGUACAAUUUUUGAAUAAGUACAUCAUCACUUAACCUUUAUGUUCUUGAAUAGUGAUGAUGAUACAUUUCUUCAAACAUUUAACUGUCAUUUUUUUUCUUUGUCAUUCGUGGGUUUUAUUUGUACAGUUCCUCAUGAAGUUGCAUCUGAGAUGUGUGUAUAUGAAAAGAUUAUACAAGGGUAAAAUUAAGCAAUAUAUUAACUAUGGUUCUUCAGGAGAAAGCUUACAGUGUUUCAGGUUGUGAUUUAUUUUCAAAAUGGAGUUGACUCUGAACAUCACUUUGUUCACCUGCAUUGAUGUUUGUAUUUCUAGUGUGAGCAGUUUAUGCAAAGGUAGAUAUAUUCAGAGAAAUUUUAAAUACAUUUAUGCAAGUUAAUAUUGCUUUGCUGAUGCUAUUUGCUUAUUUGAUGUUAAAUAAUGCUAUUGUAAAUAAAGAAUUCUGUUGUUAUUGCAUCAUUUAAUAAAUUUUAAUGCCUUCGGGUUUUACAUGGCUUUAGAGAUUUUA